AUGUGUUCUUCUAAAGGGCAAUCAUCAACAAAUAUAUCACAAACAAUAAAGCAACCACCACGUAUUUAUGAAGAAUCUAUAUCACAAUUACUUGCUUCAUCACCAGCUUAUGAAAAUCAGUAUCGCUUAAUUCAUGGGAUUGGUCAAACAGUUACUUCAACAACAACAAUGACAAUUGUUUCAUCAUCGAAUUCACCAUGUUUAUUAUAUAUUUGA